AUGGAAAGGGUAAGUGCCAUUCUUGAUGAAUACAAUAGCGAAUACUCUGAGAUCUGGGAAGGAGAUUUAGGAACCGAGGGCCUAGAUGAGUUGAACAGAUUAUAUCUCGGCUAUAGGGAAAUGAAUCCCGAAGAAAUGGACUCUGAAAUAGACAUUCUCCGAAGAAAGGUAACUGGACCCGGAAAAUUGGACGAGAAAGAAGAUAUUGAAAGAGAAAUUAAAUACGUUAGUCAUCUAAGAAAAAUGAAGACCUGGAAGAAUUCAGAAACAGAGGCCUAUUUAAACGCGACCCAUGGUACUCUCAAGGAAGAGGUAAAAACAUUAGUUGUACUUAGGGGAAUAGCUAAGGCUGAAGUUAGAAGGAAUGACUACUUAGAAAAAAUAGAUAAGCUGAAGGGUAUUAUAGAAAAUCUGGGUUUCGAUCCUAAUGAGCCCGAGGAAGAGUUAGAAGCAGAGGAAGAAGAACGCAGGAAAGAAGAAGUUAGAAAGAAGGAGGAAGAAGGCCGUAGGAAGGCUGCCGAGUUAGAAAGAAAAAGGCUUGCAGAAGAAGCUACCGAACGUCAGAGAAAAGCUGAGGCUGAGCGUAGGGAAGCCGAGAUUAAAGACUUCAGGAAACUGUUUUGGGUGAUAAGGAAAAAACAGAGUACUGGAGAAAAAAGCUCGAAGAACGGGAAAAAGAAAAGUCUAAACCUAAGGAAGAACCUAAGAAGCCUCAACCUAAAAAAGAACCGGGGGAACCCAAGAUAGAAAAGCCCUACAGAGGCAAAGAACCCAGGAAGCCUGACAGAGGUAAGAAGACUGAGGAGCCUCUACCUGGGGUAGACACUGAAUGGCUAAAGGAUACUUUUAACUUUGAGAACCUCCUAUUCCAGGUCGCACAGGAUAGUAUCCCAGAAGAUGAUAAACCUACAUUCAGUGGUGAUAGUACAGAAAUCAUGUUGAAGGAUGUUAGGGAAGAUCUUACAAGGUAUGAAAGAUUCAAAUCAUGGGUUGAAGAUAACUUUGGAUUUGUGCUUGCAGGUAUCAUAGUGUCAGUUGCUGCUCUCCUAACAGCUGUUAUAAUAUAG